UUCUUUCCAACUCUCUCGUUUCUGUUAUAAAUAAAAUCUGCUUAGGGUUUGUUUCACUCGGCGAGGGAGCGAAAAGAUGAAUCCGUUGACACAGAUAAAGUGGACACAGGCUAUAAACGCCAAAGAAGCAGAUCUAGGGAUCUCCGAGGAGGCUUCGUGGCACGCCAGGUACAAAAACUCCGCCUAUAUCUACGCCGGAGGCUUAGCUUUCGACCUCACCGAGGGUGAUCUCCUCGCCGUUUUCGCACAAUAUGGUGAAGUGGUUGAUGUCAAUCUUAUCAGAGACAAGAGCACUGGAAAAUCAAAGGGUUUUGCGUUUCUUGCUUAUGAAGAUCAACGAAGCACCAUUCUCGCUGUUGAUAAUCUGAAUGGAGCUCAGGUCUUGGGGAGGAAAAUCAAGGUGGACCAUUGUAGGGAAUACAAGAAGCACGAAGAGGAAGAUGAAGAGAUGAGACAGCAUAACAGGGAGGCACGUGGUGUAUGCAGAGCUUUUCAGAGAGGAGAGUGUACCCGUGGUGAUUCUUGCAAGUUUUCCCACGACGAGAAAAGAGCUGCAAAUACUGGUUGGGGUCAUGAAGAGGAUAAAAGCGCCAAAUGGGGUAACGACAAGUUUAAUGGUGCCAAGAAGGGUGGUGGCCAUCGAGGAGACUUCUUCAGACCUGAUACGGAAGAGAAGACUUACAGAGAAGGAAAGGGUAAUGGAGAAAGGGAGGAGCCAAGGUCGAGAGAUUCUUAUGAUAGGAGGGAGCAAAAGAGAUCAGGACGUCUUGAUGAUUCGCAAUAUAGAAGACAUGAUGCUGAAAAUGAUUAUGCAAGGGAGGACAAGAGAUCCAGAACACAUGAUAGCGAUAAGUCCAAGGAAAGAUCUAGAAGGGAUUAUAACGACAGGGAAGGAGAAGGUUCAAGCCGGCAAUCAGACUCAUCAUCGAGGAAGGAUAGUGAUUAUUCAAGCAGGGAUGGUCGACGUCGCUAAAGGGAUAUAGACAAUGGGUAUUGCUAGAGUCUCUAGGAAUGAGAUGUGUUGUUCUUUUACAAGAGAGUUUGGUUGUAUAAACUGCUUUGUCCUUUAACCGUCAUUCUAUGUUUGUUACUUUGACUGUCUUGAAUGAAUGAAGUCGUCUAUUGUUCGCUUA